AUGUUAUUUUGUUUGCGAGACGGUCGCUGGACAACUUGAAUAUCUUGUUUGACGAUUGGCAUGUCAAACUCGUUCGUGAUAGCCGAACGGUUCGAAGCCGUAAAAAUAUCGCACUUGUGAGAUUCGCUAGAGUCGAGUUUGUUCUCAUCGGACAUCAUCGCGUGACGACGAUGACUUCAAGUUCAGGGGCGGUGUGUCUUUGUUUCUCACUAUUGCUCAGCAUUUUUUUCUCGAUAAGUUACGGUUACUUCGAUGGAACUACUGAACCAGAAGUGACCAUUUCUGAAGGGACUCUGAGAGGAAAAAUAGCGACCACCAGUCACGGCCGAAAGGUGGCGGCGUUUCUGGGAAUUCCUUAUGCACAACCACCGAUAGGAAAUAAGAGAUUCGCCGACCCCGUGCCGGCGGGUGGUUGGGAAGGAAUUCGAAACGCUACUGCCGAUGGCAACAGGUGUCCCCAACCAAAUAUGGCAGACCUUAUUACUGUCAUCGGGGACGAAGACUGUCUGCACCUGAACGUGUUUACACCGCAGAUACGCGACGGUAGGAACUCGUCGUUACUCCCAGUAAUGGUAUACGUUUUCGGUGGGAGGUUUACGUUUGGGUCUGCCAACUCAACGGCAUAUAGCCCGAUAUACCUUUUGAACCAGGAUGUAGUUCUCGUCACCUUCAGCUAUCGAUUGGGUGCUCUGGGGUUCUUGAGCACUGGCGACAAAGUGGCUUCCGGAAACUGGGGCCUGAAGGACCAGGUUCUUGCGCUCAAGUGGGUGCAGCGUAACAUCAGACACUUUUACGGUGACCCUGAUCGAGUCACCAUAUUCGGCCACAGCUCAGGGAGCGCAUGCGUUCAUCUCCUGACGCUUUCGAAAUUGACAAUCGGGCUCUUCCAUAAGUUCAUCAUGCAAAGCGGAUCUGGCCUUUCGCCUUGGGCCUACAGACCCAGGGCUGCCUACGCAAAGCGUGCAUACGAACUCGGCAAUUACGUUGGCUGCUAUAAUGACACUUCGGAUGCCCUUAUCACCUGUUUGCGGAAAAAAAACUUCAGAGAUAUUCUAGGAGUGUUUACACGGUUUUACGUGUGGCAUUACGAACCAUUUACUACAUGGGCUUGUACUGACGAGCCAGACAUCGAGGGAGCAUUUUUAACCAACAGCCCUGCAAAUAUACUGAGAGCUGGUCAGAUUCGUGAUUUACCCUGUAUCAUAGGAGUUGUUGGCAAUGAAGCUAUAGGGAGCACUGCAGACUUGUAUGAAAAUGAGGAAUUAUUUGAGGAGUUUGUGGAAAACUUUGAUUACUUGCUGCCGAUUCUAAUGUACUGGUCGUAUCUGCCGGACUCUGGAGCCGCGUGGGCCAAGGCCGCCAAGUCGUACUAUUUCAAUGACAUUGAAAAAAUGAAUAGAAAGGAGUUCUUGAAUAACUUGACGGUACUCAUCAGCGAUUCUUCGUUCAACUAUCCGCUGUACUCCGCCCUCUUACACCAGUUUGCAGUGGCAGCGAAUCCCCAAUAUUUCUACGCCUUUCAUUAUCGGGGAACCUGGAGUAACACUUACCUUUACAGCAGAAUUUCGCUGGACUACGGCGUAGCACACGCGGAUGAACUUAAUUACAUUUUUCCACAUGUAGACUACAAUCUCGUGUCAGCUCUCAACAAAACCAUGAAUGAAAAAGAUCGGCAAAUGAUGGAAAUCAUGGUACAAUUGUGGACAUCUUUUGCGAUUCACGGUAAACCUUCAAGCCCGUUUUUCUGCGGAAAUUCAACAUGGGAGCCUUACUCGGAAAAGGACAAUUACCUUCAGAUAGGAAACAAAGCCGAAAUCACGCUAGAGAUGAAAAAUGUCUUCCUAAGAGAGCGAAUGCAAUUUUGGGCUAACUUGGAAAGAAGUACGACAGAGGCAGAAACCAUUGUGACGAUCAACUAACGUGCCAUCACUUUAAGAAGAUUCCACAGUCAAUCUUCAUCGAGCGAUUAAACGCAGCAUUCCUGUAAAAAUACCGCGAUCAUCGCAAUUCUCUAUGCAAUGUGGGACA